GGAGGGGACAGGGCACACAGGACCGCGGAGCGGCCGUCCGCGGGCACCCCGGCUCCCACUUGUGGACCGGCAGCCCGUCCUCCCCAGAAAGCCCGGGCUGGGAGCUGGCCUGGGGGACGACGUGGCACGGUCGUCGCAGACCCGGGUCGCACCCAGCGCCCGCCCGCUGGAGCAGGAUGGGCGCAGACGCUCCGCAGGAAGAUGGACAGGAAAAGCCCCCAACUCCCGUCUCUGCAGCCGGCGCGCUGUCCCUCCUGUCUGUGGCUUAGCUGGACGCCAAGUCCCAGUCGCCGAGUCUGUCUGUACUGGCGCGGCUGCAGCCGGGCCCGCGUCUCCGAACCCUCCCUGACUGCGUAGCUGCGCAGACCGUGCCAUGGGGUGCGGGCUCAGGAAGCUCACGGACCCCGAGGACAGCAGCCCGGGAAAAAUCUUUUCCACCCUCAAGAGACCACAAGUGGAAACAAAGACGGACGUGGCUUACGAGUAUGUGCUGCUGGAUUUUACCCUGCAAGCCUCGUCUCACCCAGAGGUGAUCAGGAUACACUCAGUGGAGGACAUAGCCACCAAGGUGGAGGCCUACUACCUCCAGGGCUAUGUGGUGGGGGCCCUGCACCCCAUCCUGCACCCCUCGGGCCCACGCGCGCCCCUGCCCGCCAGCCACCUAUACCGAGCGGUACUGCUGCGGCCGAAAGCCAGCCCCAAGCACCCAGCAGCACCCAGCACACGGAGGCACCCGCGGCUGCUCAUCGAGGAGUGUCCGGUGCCUGGGGACGCAGAGAUGGGCGACAUUGCGAAGGAGCUGAUGGAGAAGGUCAAUGCUGCGGCCCGGGGAGGUAUGCGGUUCGUUGGCUUCAUCCCGCAGCUCCACCCGCCUCCCAGAUGCUGCAAUGGGACUGGCCAGGGUGCAGGCGUGGAGCCCCCAAGCACAGUUGCAAGACCCAGUGCUGAUGACAGCCAAAGCAGCAGGGACAAAGGGGGACCAGGCAGAUGGCCGGUGGACGGUGGCCCCAGGGAUGCGACCCAUCAGGAGGGCAGCCAGGCACAGCGAGACCUUGACAGCAGCCCCAGGACUGCCCAGCCAAGGAAAGGAGAAGAGCCCCGGCUGUACGCGGCCUUCAAUGCCUUCGAGGACGACCCGGCCUGCUGGAGCUACCAGGAGGGUGUUCUGUCCAUGAAGGUGGCCAGGAAGGGGGCCGUCAUCAGCGCGCUGGACGCCGACUGGCUGGAGCUCACCACGCUUUAUUACAAGCAAGGCUUUUCUCUAACCGACGCCUUCGUGUGCUGGGAUUCGCCGAGAGGGGACCAUUUACCCAAGUCUCUGGAGGGAUUUUUCAUCUACGAGGAAGAGGGCUCUGUGCUCCCGGGUUCUCCCCGGAAGGGAAACGACGCCAUCGUGGUGGAGCAGUGGACGGUCAUCGAGGGCGCUGCUGUCCCACAGGGCGCUGCUGUCAAGGCUGACUACGGCCCCCUGCUGCACACCCUGGCGGAGUUCGGAUGGCUGCUGACCAGCGUGUUGCCCACGCCCGUGCUCCGGCAGGACAGGGACGGGAACUUGGCCACCAAGCAGGUCGUCUUUCUGCAGAGGCCAGUGCUGUGCAGCCCGGCGGCCCAGACGCCCACGAGCGGAGGCAGCCGGCUUGGGCCAGGCGAGGAUCGAACCGACGCCAACAGCAGGAGCCCUGGAUUGGACGCAGCCACGCAGCCACCACAGGACAGCAGGUCCCCUGCCGGGGGGGGCCUCCCAACCCUGUCCCCAUCCCCAUCUCUGUCCCAGGAGGGCUGGGCCAAGGAGGGGAGCCUAGCCCAGGGCAGCAGCGCACUCCGGGAGCUGGAUGACGGGCAGUGUGACCCCGAGGACGGACUGACACAGGUCACCUGCAUGUGACCUGAGAUAAGGGAGAAGGCAGGACCUGGGGUCCCUCCCUGGCCUUCCCCUAAUCUAUGUAAAUUGGGCUCAGGCUCCCAGACAAGGAAGGCUAACCAAGGUGUCUGCACUUAAGAGCCCCGUCUACGCUCUGCCCACUAACACAGCCACGCAGCCGACCUCAGGCGGGUACGCAGUGGCCUGCUCCAGUCUCUCCAGUUUACGGAAUGUGCUUUCCUUGCUCCUGCUAAAAAGACUGAACAUCCUGACAGUACUCCAGACAGCCUUUCACCCAGCUAGUGCGCUCAGGAAGGGAGUCCCAUAAGCUAAAAGUUAAUCAAUCCCUCCUCCUCUGCUGUCUGUCUCUGUCUCAUACACACAAAGCUGAUGAGUGAAAGUAACCAUUUCCUGAACAUCCCUCGGAUUCUGCCUUUGAUGAUGGCAUGUAUGUACAAAGCAAGGCCUUACUGGUUAAAACAGCCUCAGACCAAAAUCUUUUCCGUGAGCCAUUCUGUGGCCAGACUGAUGCCAACAAGCCAUGCAUUAAUGGCGCCAUGUCUGGUGGUGCAAGCCCACAUGGCAGCGCGUGU